AUUAAAAUAUUUAGAUUUAAUUUUGCUGCAGUCAGCAGUUUCUACUGAACUGUGAGUGUUCCCUGGAUAUCUGUGGGUGGAGCGACUGUCCUACUCUCUGUGGAGCCGACUGUCCUUCUGCGUGGAGCCGACUGUUUUACUGUACAAGAUGGAUCUCCUGAGUUUCUUACACACCCUUGUUUUCCUUCUAUCUUGUUUGUUUUCUGGAUCUCUGUGCGUGACUUCUACAAGAACGAGCAAGUCGACACCAUCCACCACCACCACAACUACAACAACCACCACAGAUGGCACACCUGUUGUGACAACCACCGUCCCACCCGGCAACUACGACAAAGGGAUGAGGGAAUGUCAUAUGCAGUACCUGGCAGCGGGGGAGAACAGAGAAAACGCCUUCAAGUUCUACGAAUGUGCCAGCGCUGUGGAAUGUGAGACCACUUUAGAGAAUUGUGAAUCUCUGAAAACCAGAUACCUGAACUACAUCAAAAACCAAGAGAUCCACUGGACAGAUGAGCUGGACAGUGACAAACGCCGGAACAACGCCAUCACCAUCUGUGGUGGUGCCACACGCUACAUCAACGUCGUCUUCAUGGCUGUCGUCCAUUUGAUGUCCAAGUUUUAAAACUUUACCCUAACUGUUCCCAUGACAAACUUCACCCUAACAGUUCUCAUGACAAACCACUGCAGGCACAACGUUCAUCCAACUGAUUUUGUAUCAUAAUAU